UUCCUUCAAAAAAAAAAAAAAAAAAAAAAAAAAAAAAACACACACACAACUCUUGUUCAGUUCUUCUCCACUAUCUAUCCCCUGUUUAUCCCGACCUCACACGGCACCGCAACCUCCGCCGCCCGAACAUUCGAACAACCACCAAACACGGCCGCCUGAACAACCCGUGCAAUAAACAGAGUAUCCGAUUCUAAACCGCCAUUAAAACAAAGCUGUUUCGCGCAGAUAGAAUGCUGAUAAAAUCAAUGGAGAACGGUCUAAGGAAUUGUGGGCUGUGGCAAAGCGUGGGAAAUAAAAGAGUUGUUAAUGAAAAGAGAGCAAGAACACUGGAAGAGUUUGAUUUUUACGAGGAAACCAAUGUUCAUGCUGAGGAUGAGAUUAGCAAUGCUGAAGAGAAGCGGCGAAAGCUGGAGCCUUGUUUGAACAAGAUGCACCAAAACAGUAUAAGCAAAGGUGAACAAGUCAAGAACGCUGGUGAAGUGCUGAAGGAGUGUGCGAAUAGGGCAAGUGAAAAUGUUAAUUUUUAUUCUCUUAUCGUGGUAAGAGAAGUUUUGAUAUAAUUUGAGUGCUUAUCUUCUGUUUUUUCUUCUGUAUCAGAAGCGACCAAAAAUUAGCUGUCGUGUUGUUGGCUUUGGUAAAAUAUGUCAGUCCCUUGACAACAGGAGAAAGAAGUGGGUGAGGGAAAUGGGGUUUGAAGGGUUGCUAUAUCUAGUAGACAGGUGUCUUUCGAUUGAUCUUUGCUAUUGGUUGAUGACUCGAAUUGAUCCAUGUAAUGAGCUUUUUAGAGCUCCUGAUGGACAUGAAUACAAACUAUCCAAGGAUCAAGUUAGGUGGAUCCUUGGCAUCCCAAAAGGCGAUAAGGUUGUUCCUAGGAGGGUGAGGGACGAGGAGAUGAAAAGCAAAGUCAGAGACAUUGAGAAGAACUUUGGGGUAGAAUGGGAGGCAUGGUUGAAAACAAGUGAGAAAGUUAUAAAACACAAGGGAAUACGUAUAAAUAGUGCCUUGAUUAAAAGAGCGAAGGGGAGUUGGGGAGAAGAGGAGGAAGCAGAGUUCAAGACUGUUUUCUUAAUCCUCGCAUUGCAUUUGGUGCUUUGUCCGACACAGUCUUAUCAAUUGGGACCGGAUUUGGUACCUGCAUUGACAUGUGCAAUGCAAGCGAAGAACUAUGACUGGUGUGGAUUGGUGUUGGAGAAGCUUUUUGACAGUUGUUGCAGAUUCGGAAAGAAGUUCUAUGCGAAUGGAUAUGCUAAAGGAUAUGGAGGAUGUAGUAUUUUUCUAGCAAUUUUUUACCUUGAUCGAUUGGAUCGUAAUCCAGUAAUGUGGUGCAGAUGGCCGAGAAUAAAAGUGUGGACAAAAGCAGAGAUGGUGAAAGCUGGGGAUGAAGAUAGGCUGGCUCAUCAGGGAGAUUUUGGAAAAUUAGGGUGCAUAGAUGUUGCUUAUGGUAAGAAACACCCUCGGGAGGCUAGGGAGACGGAUGUCACAUCUUUUGUUGAAGAGGGGUUAAGCCAAGAUAUCGAAUCCCUACAGUCAAAGGAAGAGGAAGCAAUUAUAGGACGCAGUAAUGGCAUAUACAAAAGAAAAUACCGUAAAAGGAGGAGGAUAUCAGCUUUGUAUCCUGGACUGUUUAUGUUCAUAAAAAAGGCUAAAACAAAAAGGCUCCAGGGUGGUGUGCCUAAGGCGUUGGCACAGGCUUGUAAGAUUCUUGUUGAUUCCAAGAUUGCAGAAGGUGGAUGCCCUUCACAGUCAGUGAUUGAUAACAGUGAGCAGAAUUCAUGCCAUGAGAAGCCUAUUGAGGGGGAAGGGCGCAAUGAGGAUGGCGGGAAUGGAGAAGAUGGAUACUUACCAUUAGCCGAGGAGAUACAUACCCCAGUGACUACUAAUUUUGCAGUGGUGACAGAGCCAGUGGGUGAAAGAGGAGAUAAAAUGCCGUCUCCUACAAAUGAAGGGACGGUCACAUCUCAUGGGUGUACAGAGCAUAAUGGCAUUGGGGCUUCUCCUUCUUCUUCUUCUUCAUGCUUUAUUUGCCUGCUUUCUAGUUGUGUGUUAGAUUUUGAGAAAAUGCACAUUGGAAAGGAUGCGGAAACUAAGAAUGGGAGUGUGGAGGAAAACGGCGAGGGGGUUCUUCCUUGCUUACUCUCAUCAUGCAAUGUUAUGGAGGAUUCAGGUUUAGUUGACAGUGUUGAGAAGUUGUACAGUGAAGAUAUCCUGUCAUCUGAGAACAACAAUAGUCAUAACAAAAGCAUUGCUGACAUUAAUGAGAUCGUGCCAUCUUCAAGUUUAGGGAUUGCUUUUGAGAAGGCUAUUAGGGGGAUGGAUUUGCAUAUGGAGCAAGUGAAAAAAUGCAGGGAGAAAUGUGUUAAAAUGAGCAGUAACAGAAGUGUGGAUAGUGUUGCAGAGAUGCAUAUGGAAACCUUUCCAUCUUGUAACGAAAGCACAAAUCACCUUGAAAUAAGCCGUGUUAAUGAGGGUAUUCCAUCUCAAAUAAUUACACAUCAGAGGGGUGUUAUUCAAGUUUCCAGCUCAACAAAUACACUAAUGGCUGAUAUUGAUCAACUCGAGAUGAUUCAUGAAGACAUUAGUUGUAUAAACGCAGGCAAGAGCAGUAGGCAUUCAGAAGGUGUUCAACCUCAAGGUGAAACAGAAAUUGAUACUACUAAUGAUCAAGGAAAAGCAGGCAAAGUAAAUGCAAAGUUAGUAAAUGGUUCAUGUGAUGAUCCUGUGAUUAUUAUUGCUGAUGACAGUGCUGGUGAGAAGGAAAACGACGAUUUUGACCCUUUCAAAGCGAUAGAUUCGGAGCUUGAAGCUCGGAUAAGUAAGCUUGAGAAGAAAUUUUCCCGGAAGCUAGCAUCUAAACUAUCAAAAAAGAAAAAAGAAAGAUAGCCUUCAAAACUGAAGGUAAAAAGCUAUAACUUUCGGCCGAUGGAUGUUGCAUGUACAGAUUGUAGCCCUUUGACUGUAGUAGCUGCUAAUCUUAGGAGAAGUAAUCUGUUGAUCUUUUGUUACAUUUUGCUAACUGAUAUCAUCUAAUGUGGAAUAUAUUUUGCUGAAGUUCGUGUAUUCAUUUUAUAUUACUUGCUUCA